AUGAAUAUAGUCUUUCUUUUAUUAGGAAAGGUGAUAUCAGAUGCAUUUUCCCAAUUGCCAGUACUCAGAAAGGAGGAUAUAUCGCUAGAUGAUGCAUUCCUUGUAUACAUCUAUUACUCUAGGCCAAAUGUUCAUUGCCCCGCUUGUGAGUCAUUCAAUCAAAGUAUCUCUGAUCUUCAAAAAUACAUUCCUGUGAAGAAAAUAAAUUUCUUUGAGGAUCCAAAGAUUGCUUCACGCUUCUACACAUUCUUGUUUCCGUCUUUUGUUGUAAGGGACAAAGGACGCAGCUACCACCUGGAUGUGGAUAGUUUUGAGGAGUUGGAAGAGAUUAUAAGAGAUAGAAAAUGGACCCAAUUUAAGCCUAUAAGAUUAUGGAUGGAUGUGGAUUCAUACUUUAUUAAUAUGUAUUCUCUUGCAAAUUGCAUCUUUUUCAAGGCUAUGCAAAGAUUAUAUGUUGUUUUUGACACCGUUCCCGAAUGGGCUAUAAAUUUUGGAUUUAGUGCUAUCAUUGGAUACAUGGUUUACUCUAUAUGCCUGGUCUUCAUGGUACCGCCUUCAGAUAAAAAGAAGGAAUAA